AUGACUACAACCCCAAAGGUCGGCGACAGAUUGUCUUACGACGGCGCUAUUUGUACAGUUCGAUAUGUCGGCGAAGUCAGUGGCACAUCCGGUAGUUGGCUUGGCGUCGAAUGGGACGACCCAACUCGGGGGAAACAUGACGGUUCUCAUAAAGGAGUGAGAUAUUUCACUUGCCUCUCUAAAUCAGCGACGGCCGCGUCUUUCGUACGGCCGACACGGCCCACAGAGAAACUGCAGAGCUUCGUGAGAGCGGUAACUGAGAAGUACGCCUCCGAGCUGGAGAAGACGACUGCCAUCAUGUUUUCAAACAAGAUAGCAGAAGAAGUUGGGUUCGAAAAGAUACAACGCAAGCAGGCGCAGUUAUCUGAACUAAGGGCCGUCAUCGUCGAUGGUGCACGUAUCGCAACGGCUUAUUUAGAGGGUGACGGUCCCAUUGGUGAGACAUUCCCCAAGAUAACCGAGUUGGACCUCAGCCGGAACCUAUUUCAGAACGUGGGAGCCGUCGUGGCUAUCUGUUCCGAGUUGCCUGCUCUACGAAGUUUACGUUUGAAUGGAAAUCGAUUUCAAGACAUAUUGAAUGAUAAAGUUCUUGAGAAUGCAGAGAAUUCCUUGCGAAACAUCAAAGACUUGGCUUUAGAUGAUACUCUCAUGAGCUGGGAGGAGAUAUGUCAUAUUGCAACCAAGUUUAAGAUACUCUCAUCCCUCGCUUCCAGUGCGAACCAAUUAUUCUUUUUGCCGGAGACUCAGUUAUCGACACUAUCUUCUACCUUGACUUCUGUGGAUUUGGAAUUCAAUAAUUUCACCACCAUCUCUAGUGUUGCUAGCCUGGCCGGAUUGGCGUCACUUCGCAAUCUUCACCUCAAAGGAAACUUCAUCACUAGCAUCACCCAGGAUCCAUCCGAAACUCUACCAGUAUUUUCAGGAACUCUGAAGUACCUAGAUGUCUCAUAUAACCAAGUAUCAUCAUGGGCAUUCGUCGACGCCUUACCAACAUGUUUCCCAGGCUUGAUAUCCCUCCGCUUCUCGCAUAACCCUAUAUAUGACAACCCAGAUCCCGAAUUCUCUAUCCAGUCUAAGGUAAUCACGGAAGAAGCAUACAUGUUCAUCGUUGGUCGUCUAGCAAAUCUCAAGAUACUAAACUUUGGUACGAUAUCGAACACCGACCGCCAGGACGCAGAGAUGUUCUACUUGGGCCGCAUCGGAAAGCAUCUAGCCAGUGUCCCGGAAAACAAGGAAGCCGAAAUCAUCAAGCAGCACAGACGCUAUGCAGAAUUAUGUGAGCUAUAUGGCCCACCGGUCGUUAAUAGACAAAAAGAGAUCAAUCCCGCUUUUCUAGAAGCUAGACUGGUUAUAGUACACUUCACCUUCCACUCCAAAGAUAAAGGGGGCGAGAUCGUAGAACGAACAACUAGGAUCCCUAAGAGCUUUGAUAUAUACGCUGUGAAGGGGAUUGCUGGUAAGCUGUUUGGGUUAAAUCCGCUUGGCAUACGCCUGAUUUGGGAGACUGGGGAAUGGGAUCCGGUUGCAGGAUUCGAUGACGAAGUUGAAGACAGCAGUGAUGAAGAGGAAGAACAUGAGAAAGGGGAAGUGGGAGAAGUGGGAGAAACUGUAGAUACAGGGGAGGGCUCUCAAACGGACAUAAAGACCGGUAAGUGGGUCAAGCGAGAGGCAGAGCUGCAAGACGGGCCCCGGCAGCUUGGGUUUUGUGUCGACGGCUUGGAUGUAAAAAUCAGGGUUGAGGCCCGGUGA